AUGGCAAGAACCGGUGGAGGUCUAGCAUUACGAAGCACAACUCGUAAAUUCUGUCCACUUGGUAUAUUCCGAGAAGCCAAUGAUGACUAUCUGGGAAUCCCAAUAUCAUUUUACCCUGUCAACCUUAAGAAAGGCGUUAUUCGUGACUCCACUGAUUUGAGCAUUGAUUUCCACAAAAAUCGUGUUCAAUGUGCCAAGUCUAAUGUUUGGAAGGUUGACAGCUAUGAUCAAUAUACUAAAAGGUUUUACAUAGUCAUCGGUGGAGUUAAUGGAAAUCCCGACCCAAAAACAAUUAGUAACUGGUUUAAGAUUGAGAAAUUUGGGUGCGGCUAUAAGUUGGUGCAUUGUCCAAGUGUUGUACAACACAAAGUGAUGUGCAAAGAUGUUGGCCUUGUUAAAUAUAAUGGACAAAAGCGUCUGGCUCUAAGUGAUGCUCCCUUGGUGUCAUUUUCAAGAAGGCUUGAAGAGAGAGUUCUUUAG